GCUCGAGGACAUGAUCUUGUCUAGCUGUGAAAAAGUAAACUAAAACAUCUUUUUUUUUUCUUUUUUUUUCCCCCCGAAAUUUUUUUUAUUCAUGCCAAUCAUGAUCCGGAUCUUGCUUUUAUACUUUGUGGUGAUUGUCCAAAUACGCAGCGUGAUGCCCGCGCUUCACUCGCUGAAGUUUCAUGUUAUAGCAUCUACGCAAAUUAAUAAUCUACCAGACUUUGUUUAUGACAUUUAUGUCGACGAGGUUUUAAUUGUCCACUACGACAGCAGCAACAGGUCAGUGGAAUACCGGUAUGAUUUUAUUAAAAAAGCUACAGCAGACAAUCCAAACUUCUGGCAGCGUCAGAGACGGACUAUUUUGACUCAAGAGAGCUUUGCCAAAGAGGCCAUGGAGCAAUUCAGAAUCGGCUACAACAAAACCAAGGGCGUUCAUUUUGGUCAGGCGACAUUUGGCUGUGAAUGGAAUGUUGAGAAUGAGGAGACCUACGGUUGGGAACGGUACAGUUACGAUGGAGAAGAUUACGCCUCAUUGGACAUGGAGACAGAGAAGUGGACCAUACCGCACCCACGGGCUUUCUUCACUAAUCUCAAAUGGUUACAUGAUGAGGGGCUAAAAAAAUACAGGAAGCGAUUCUACGCUGAAGAUUGUCCCAAGUUGUUGAAGAAUAUCCUGAAAUACGGAGGGGAAAUUUUUACAACAACCGAACUUCCAAAGGUUUCACUCCUCCAGAAGACGCCGUCUUCUCCGGUCACGUGCCACGCGACAGGUUUCUAUCCCAACACGGCAGAUCUCUUCUGGAGGAAAGACGGCGAACAGCUUCACAUGGACGUGGACUAUGGCCAAAUUCUUCCGAACCACGACGGAACCUUCCAGAUGACCGCGAAUCUUAAAGCGAAAUUGACGGCCGAGGUGGAAGGCCUCUAUGAAUGUGUCUUUCAGCUCUCUGGUGUCAAGGAUGACAUUGUCGUCAAGCUGGAUGAAAGAAACAUCCUGAGCAAUCUACCUAUUGAAAUUCGUGAAGGAGAAAAGCAGAAGAACAACAUCAUUGGUAUAGCUGUCCCGUUGGCGGUCCUCGUGCUUGUGGGCAUCAUCGUGGCCAUAGUCAUUUUUUUCAAGUGUCGUAACCGCACUCCAGGCGAUUACGCGCCACCUCCUGAUGAAAUGUCAAACUCGGAAACAGCGAAAGACAACGGCCGGAAUGGGAUCUGAAAUUUAAAGACAUGCCACAAGAACGACCCUUGGCCAUUCAAUGGAAUAUUGAAAAGGACAGUUUCAGAUUUGACAACACGACAAAGAAUCAACCAGCAACACGGCGAGGCAUAUUAUCAACUGUUGCAUCCAUCCAGACAAUUAGACCCGAGUCACAGGGACUCUGACUCGAGUCACAACUUUGAUGACUCGCAACUGCACUCUGACUUAGAGAAAAAGAAAACACAGACUCGGACUUAGAGAAAAAGAAAACACAGACUCGGACUUCACUCACUUGAGCUCAGAGGGUCCAAGACAUUACACGACUUGUGAGGCAAUAACUCAAGACCCAACUCGACUUGAGUCGUGACACAAUGACUCGAGACUCGACAAGCUGACUAGAAAAACUUCGAUACGUUCCAACCUGCCAGGGAUCACCUUGGUCGCUCUCGCCAUGCCCUUACUGAACAACCCGUGACUCGACUUGACUAAACUCGACAACCUUUUGACUUGACACGACUCAUCUUGAAAUGACUCGAGACUCUACCAGCUCACUCAAAAAACUUUUAAUCGCAGAUUUGUUCCUACCUGCCAGUGAUCCACUUGGUCACUUUGGCCGCUCUCGCCAUGCCCUCGCAGAACAACUUGUAACUCGAAUUGACUCAACUCCACAUAACCUUCUGACUCAACCUUACUCAAAAGAAAUUGACUCGAGAGUCAACAAGCUGACUCAAAAACUCUUAAAUAUAGAUUUGUUCCGACCAGCCAGUGUCCCGCUUGGUCACUUUGGCCGCUCUCGCCAUGCCCUCGCGGAACAACCUGUGACUCGAAUUGACUCAACCCGACAUAACCGUAUGACUCAAAUUGACUCGUAAGAAAAUGAAUUUUGACUUGACACGACUCGUCUUUACAACUUUGUGUCUCGAGUUGACAUGACCUCAAGACUUAACUCGACAUAACGUUAUGACUCGACUCAACUUGACUGAACUUGACAUAACCUUAUGACUCAACUUGACUCGUACAAAAAUGACUCGAGACUCCACCAGCUCACUCAAAAAAAUUUAAUCGUAGAU